GGGGGGAGAAGGAGGGAGGCACGGGAACGUCCUCCUGAGUCAGCGCCACGACGCGCGCACGGCACGCGCUCCCCGUCCGGCCGCCUCUCUGCGCGACGACCAGCAUCCUCUGCUCUUCUGCUCAAGAUGGCGGUGCAGGCGGCGGAGAAGGACGCAGUGGUGUUGAAGAACGUGGAGGAUGAGCACCUGAACGACUCGCCGGGGAACCCCGGCCUCAUCUCACCUGACAAGGGGGACAUAUCUCGUCUUCUGACGGUGCCGUUCAGCGGGCGCAUCCGGGGCGGCAUGCGGCCCGGGAAGAAGAUCAUGGUGAUGGGCAUCGUCGAACUGGAGCCAGACAGUUUUGACGUGAGCUUGACCUGCGGCCGAGACUCAGAGAAGGACGGGGCUCCACACGACGUGGCCCUGAAACUCACCGCCCGCUUUGCCGACCGCCAGUUCCUGCGCAGCGCCCGCAUCUCCGGGAAGUGGACGGUGGAGGAGGCGUCCACGGACUACUUUCCCUUCAUCGCCGAUCAGCCUUUCAGGAUCGAGAUCCACUGCGAGCACCAGAGGUUCCGCAUCUUCGUGGACGGACACCAGCUUUUUGACUUUUAUCACAAAGUGAAAUGUUUCUCCUCCAUCGACGCGGUGCAGAUACAAGGGGAUCUACACAUCACCAAGCUCGGUUAGCCCCGCCCCUCCCGCGUGAGCCCCGCCCCUCUCAUGUGUGUGCGCGUGUGAGGCCAGGACUUGACCACACACACACACACACACACGUGUUUGCGUCUGUUAUGAUGUCAUCCAUAACCCAUCAUGCAACACUGCAGCAGAAUAACAACUGGCAAAGGGCUGCGGUGGCGACAACGUAGUGUUCUGCUAACUUUUGAUUCCCUCGUACUUCUCUAUUGAUGCUUUUUAGAGAACAAAUGUGUUUUUGUCUUUGUAGCCCCGGUUCUGGUCCGAUCAGGGAUGUCACAGCUUAUUAACAGCACAUUCAUUUUCAUGCCGGGGUAGAGGCAGGUGUGGUGCUAUGACGGAUGGAGGAAUAACUCAGGAGUUACUCAGGAACAAAUUCCACACUCUGAGCAGCUAAUGAACUUAUUUUACUUCUCUUCAUAAACUCGUAUUGAAUUAACUGGAAAAUGCAUGUUGAUCGAGCUGAAAGAAAGUCACUGUUCACAGUUUGUGACCCAAAUCCUGCACAAUUCUGAAGAAUCAGACUUGACCUUUUUAAAAUAUCCGGAGCCACAAACAGGAAAGUGUUGCAGGUUGUUCAGAUUAGUUACAUUUAUAAUUUCCUCUAAGACUCAAAUAUCCUGCUCUCAAUUCAAUGCUGUAUUACGUGUUUUCUCUGUGCCGAUGCGUCUCACAGCUCCGUAGGCGGUUCCCCUGCCCCCCUGCUGCAUUAUCCCAGUUGUCAUGGUAACACGGCGCAGUCUCACCGACCCAAAUCCUCCCCAAAACGAGGAUUAUACCGUGACGAGAUGUCGUACUGCACUGCGUGUCGGUAGCAUUAGCGAUCACUACUCCUGAAGAUACUACGUCCUGUGCGGCUGAACAGGAAGUAGAAUUAUGUGGGUUUUACUCUGAAGGACAAAGACGAGCUCUAAUUAAACAAUAGACCAAUAUGCAACUAACUCUCAUUCGAAAUAAUCUUUCUUCAGAACCCGUUUAGAAUGAACUGAGGUCAGCGUGUGCAGGUGUUCAGGUCCUGCUGGCCUAUCGAAUGUAAAGUAUUCAUGUUUCUAUAGUAGCAUAGAAGAUAUAGUGAAGCAAAGAAUUAUUACUUCCUGUCUGUUUUUGGUGUCAUGGCCGGUGCUGUUUAUAGUCCCUUUCACAGUGAAGUCUUAGUGUUUCCUCCAUCCUUCCACAGACGGAUGUUAUGUCCUCGUUUUAAUGCCGCCAGCAGCUUUUCUCACAAGCAGAUCUUUUGAAGGAAGUCACCGUUUUAAAGUAUAAUGUCUGUUUACGCCUCUUAAGAGUAUCUCCCGUCACACGCCCAGAGAACGAGGUUUAGAAGUUGAUAGAAUGGAGUUUAUGUUCUUUUAAUGAGUAAUACACUUUCAUAGAUGCUGUUAUUGUUUAAAACAGAUUUUGGGUUGUGACAAAACCUUUUGUGUUUCUUUUAUGUUUGGCAUGAAUUCAGUUAUAGAUGUCGGUAAACAUGUUCUGCAAAUGGUCGACGGGCUGCUGCAUGAAGAAACGCUAUGAAGACAAAACUAAACCUGGCAACCCGUUCGUUGUUCCUAUUAAUGCCUUCUGAUCAUCAUGAUAAGACACGAGUAAAGCGUUUAUUAAGCACGGAUAAAGUCAUUUUUUGCAACUUCUUGGAAGGCUACAGCUUGGUCAGGGUUGGCGAGGUCGAAGGUCAUAUCAAACGUUUUAAGAAGCCGGUUCUGACACUUCCGCUCGGAUCUCAUCCGCCUCCCUGCUGCUGGGAGUUUGGAGUAAACCAGGGAGUCUUUCCGUGCGCUUACACACACACACUGACUGUUAGUGAAGUUACCUGUAAUAAUGUUAAUAUUCAUCAUGUAUAAUCAUAAAUCCGCAGUGUGUUUCAUGCAUGUGUUGCAGAUUAGACUUUUUCUGGUCAUUAUUAUUUUAUUUUAGAAUAAAUGCUUUUUGUAAUUUUUAAACAAAGAAAACCAUCAAAAGUUGUUUGACUGCAGCUUCUUUCAUGUAAAUAUUCUCUGGUUUCUUCAGUUAACGGUCUUUGGGUUGCUGGAUGUGGUACUGUCGCACUUUAAAGAAAACAGAGAAGGUAAAAACCACACGUUGGGUACGUGUGCUUCCAGCCUCGCAGUGACAUCCAACGAUCCUGCAGAGCCACAAAAUGAUUCUCGCCUUUAAACUGUUCUUCUAAUUCUCAUUUCACCCUUUAAAAGUGCAACUGAAUGUCAUCCUGAUUGUAAUCUGAUUAUAAAUGCUGUUCAUGUGUGAAAUAUGACCCCCCCGUUAGAGACGAGGCGUGUCUGUGUGGUGACCUGCUCCUGGGCUUUGUGCGUUCAUAUUCAUGAAGGAGUUGUGUUGUUACUACACGUUGAGUUACCAGUUUUCAUUCCAGUAGAGAUUGAUCUGUUGUUUUUCUUUCCUUCUUCGUGUGUUUUCAAGGGCAGACUUUUACUUCCACUUGCCUUUUUUUUAUAACCUCGUAUUUAUAGGAUUCCAGUUUUCCAAAUGAAAAUCUUUGAAACCCCCUGACAAUAAAUUAUCUAACGCUCAAUGAGGUCCUAAAAAGUGCAAAAAACCCACAUGACCGGUUGUGUGGUUGUCACAUGUUGUCAUCUGUCUUCUAAGGUGUAAUAACCAGCGUGUGUGUGUGUGGUAACCUCACACCUUCUGUAUUUGGUAACAUACUAUCUUAUGCUGUUUACAUGAAGCCAUCUUGAAAAAGGCUUUUUUAUCUGCGUCUUUACAGGUCAAAUGUGACAUAUUGAACAAAGAUUCCUUUCUUUUGGUGGUAAAACAUGUUUGUACCUUGUUUUGUCUUCUGGAUGUCACCGAUCUGUGUGUUCAGGUGACGUGUUUAUUAAAGACCUCUCCAAAUGUUCCGUUUAUUUCCUCCUUGUGCUUUUGUAUAAAAAAAGAAACGGCUAGUCUGCAAACCAAUAAACUUCUGAUUUUGGGAAUGUU